AUGGCUGCAUCAGUAGCAGAUCAAACCAGUUUUUUGCACCAAGAAGAAGAUGCAAGAGCUAGUCAUGCUAGUACUGAAAUUUCAAACCAAGACCGGCCGGACUACUACAACAAUUAUACUGGAAGCAGUAGCGGUGUAAGUGAGAUUGAAGAAGAGAAUUCAAGUGAUCUCUUCGAGAUAAAUCAUGCGGUGCCUUUGGAAUCCAUCAAAGAAGACAUAGAAGGAAGUUUGUUUUCUUUUGAUGUACAUGAUAAUGGAGAUCGUCAGGGAGAUUGUGUUUAUGUUGGUGUAGGAAAGAGUGAGUCCAGCGUGGAUGCUCUUUCUUGGACAUUGAAGAACGCUGUUACUGAUUCCAAUACCACUGAUGGGCUUGAGAUUCAAGUGUUGACUCCUAUCUUAACUCUGUCUGCCUGUAAAAACAAGAAGUGUGAAUGCGUUGAUAAUAAUGUUUUGUGGAUGGUAGUGGGUAGGCUACCGAAGAGUCAAGUUAGUGCUCAGCAGGUUGAGAAUCACAUGGCCCAAGAAAGAGGGAAGAGGAGAGAACUCCUCCAAAAGUACAUCAACAUGUGUUCUGCAUCCAAGGUCAAGGUAGACACCAUCCUCAUUGAAAGUGAUAUGGUUGGAAAGGCUAUGGUGGACCUCAUUCCAAUUCUCAACAUGACAAAGCUAGUUCUUGGAACCUCCAAGUCUAACCUAAGGAAAUUGAAGUCUAAGAGAGGAAAUGGGAUAGCUGAUCAGGUACUUCAAAAUGCACCGGAGUUUUGUGACGUUACGAUCGUAUGCGAUGGAAAGGAAGUGGUGAUUGACCAGAUGAUUGGAUCACCUUUACCUUCACCCCUCUCUGAUAAUCACAGUGCAAAGUCGUUGAGGUUGCAAGAUCAAUCCAAUGCAACCAAUGACUCGUUUGCUUGCAUGUGUUUCAAAUCACCAAAGGUUAUGUAG